AAUGUCUGUGUCUUUUGAAGUGUCUGUUGUAUGAACAGUCUGAGUCUGUUAAGCUCAAAGUAAACACACGGGAGCACACAAAAGCCUCGAAUGAGAUUUCACCUACAGCGCAGGUGAGCUGCGGGAGCGCGUCACGGCUGAGUGACAGCUUCAUUUCAAUGUGUUCGCCUCGAAGCUGCGUUCGCCCCGCCCCUUUCGAAAUUUCGUGUAGCCAAUCAUGUGUGUCCCCCUCAAACUAUCGGGCUGAGAAGUCACGCUGCUGGAGCGAAAGGGGAAAGCUAUCCACUUACAAAGACACCCGAUAUCACUCGCAUGGCGCACGGGUAACCUGAUCAGCUUUGGGCAGAAACGAGGCGGGGUGACGGACUAAAGGAAUCUGAGGUGAAGAAUAAAAACAAUGUCUGUUUCCUCCAGUGAAGUGACAGUGGCAGGCGAGAUCAAAAAGGAAAAUGUGAAGUACACGGAGCCUCUCGAGAGCUCCACGGACAGUCGGGGGCACGUCAAACUCCUGGCUCUGGACACUCCGGUGGCCACCAGGAUGCUCGUCGGGCAGACCUCUCCACCGGAGCGCAAGAUGCCCACUAUGGACUCUUUGUCUGCGCACACUUCACCCGCAGCAACGGCGACCUCUUUGGCUUUUUCACCGGAGCAGGUUGCGUGUGUUUGCGAGGCUCUUCAGCAGGGGGGCAACGUGGAUCGACUCGCCCGGUUUCUGUGGUCUCUCCCGCAGAGCGACUUACUGCGGGGUAACGAGAGUAUCCUCCGCGCUCAGGCGCUGGUGGCCUUCCACCAGGCGCGCUACCAGGAGCUUUAUAGCAUCUUGGAGAGUCACAGCUUCAGCCCUUCGUGCCACUCUGCCCUGCAGGACUUAUGGUACAAAGCCCGGUACACGGAGGCGGAGAAGGCCCGCGGUAGACCGCUGGGCGCAGUGGAUAAAUAUCGCCUGCGACGGAAGUUUCCCCUGCCCCGGACCAUCUGGGAUGGAGAGGAGACGGUGUACUGCUUCAAAGAGCGCUCCAGGAAUGCUCUGAAGGACCUCUAUAAGCAGAACCGGUACCCGUCCCCGGCCGAGAAGAGGAAUCUGGCCAAGAUCACAGGACUGUCCCUCACACAGGUCAGCAACUGGUUCAAAAACAGAAGGCAGAGAGACAGAAACCCGUCAGAGGCGCAGUCCAAAAGUGAGUCAGAUGGAAAUCACAGUACGGAGGAUGAGAGCAGUAAAGGUCAGGAUUCUCUGUCCCCGUGUCCGAUGUCGACCUGCAGUGAUGGGACUGUGGGUAAUGCAGUUGUGUCUCUCUGCUCUGGAGCUCUGGAGGCCGGGGUCAUCAUCCAGCAGGUUGGAGACAGCAGGAACUCUGUCUCGCCACCAUCCGUCAUCUUUAACGGAGUCUCAGUCAACACUCCCACCUCUGUUUUCCACAACGGCACCCCUUCAUUUCUCUCCACCACAGGACACGUCCUCUUCAGUGGCAUGAACUUGGGACUCCAGUCCCUGGCUUGCAGAUCAGCGGCAGAUGUGGAGAUGGAUGGUGCAGGAGAGGAUAAACCGGUAACGGCAGACCCUGCACUGGCAUACACCUCGUUUCACUGCACUGUGAAUGGGACAGAUGUAGAGGUGAAAGCAGAGGAUGUGAGGCAGGAUGUGUCAGUUCAGGACCAGACCACAUCUAUUAGCUCGGCAUUCAAUGUGACUCCAUCUGACAGCUUGCAGCUUGAAGGUUACAACUUGGUUUCUGAAGGCAAUGGGACCUCGCUGCUCAGCAACAAGGUGGUACUUCCUUCCUUGCAACUCUCAUCAUCUUCUUCACCCUCAUCAGGCGUUGUUGAUGGCAGUUCUCCUGCUCCCACCUCUCUGUGCCACAACCAGGUAGAGGAGCAGGACAGGCUGCAGCUGACCUCUCUUGACCCCAGCACAGCACUCUACGGCCUGGCUAGUGUACACACACUGUCUGCUGUGAAGAAGGAACCUAUGGAGACUCCUGGUGGAUACCUUUACCACCUGGGUUACAAUCCUGACCCCACCCACAGCUCCCCCACCUCACUUAACACAACCAUGACAACCACCCAACAAGACUACACCACUCUCACAGUGAGCAGAUCCUUACUCGCCCAAACAGACCUUACCGGUGAGUUCAGAGGUCAUGAUGCCCAGAUGACCUCAAACCUAAAUGGAGACUUCCUAUGUGCGGUUUCAGAGGGAGGGAAGGGCGAGAUGAGCGAAAUGGAGGAUGUAGGGGGAAAACAAUUGACAAAUCUAAAAACAGUGCAUAUAGAAGAAGAGAUGACUGACCUUUGAAUUUAAGUGGAGAAGGAGGUAAAAUCACAACAUUAUUUUGAAAUAUUGAUUGAGGGUUUUUGAUGUUUUCAGCCUCUGAAUGUUUUGAUGGGUUUUUUUAAGUAUUAAAUUAUUUUGGCAAAUCUGUCACUUGGUUUGACUCCAGUUUGGUUUGGAGAAUCUAUGCAAAGUCAUAUUUGAAGAACACAGUUUUUGAAAGUGUUUUUUUCCUUUUCCUCUUUCUCUCUAUUUCCACACACAGGUACCUUUUCAGCUAUACUCUAUAAGUAUAACAGAGGUUUUCAAACUGGGUCCAGAGAGGUCUACAAGAGAGUGCUAGGAGGUCCAUAGACAUUAUUAUUGUUUCAUUCUGGCUGAAAAGUCAGAGAUUAAUUACAAUCAUUUUAUUAUUUUUAAUUAUUUUAUGCUUUGUUUCUCUACAUCUAACAAAACUGAUAUGUAGAAAAAGGAAACAGAGUAUCAUAAUAGAAACUUAGUAUGUUCCAGAUAAUAUUUUAUACACCCUUAAAUGUAUUUUUAUUUUUCACAGUAGAAAUUGGGUCUUUAUACACAAACGUAUAUAGCUGCCUUUUAUAUUUUAGGAUUGGUCUCCUAUGCUAUGGGAAUAAUCAUUUGGGAAUCCAUGGUAUCAAAAAGUUUGAAAACCCCUGGUAUAUAAAAGAAGAUUUUUAUUCCAUAUUCCUCUACAUUUUUAAGCAUCCUUGAGCUUGGGAAAGGCGCUAUAUAAAUUGAACAUAUUAUUAUUAUUAUUAUUUCAUACUAUUUUAAGUGUUUACAUGCAUUUUUGAACUACAAGUACCAGACAGCUCUCAUUUUCUCUCUGUCGCACCCUCUAUCUCUCUUCCUCUCACAGUGGGGAGUGUAGACGUAUGUGUGUUUUAUGAGAGUCACCUGCUAGUUUCUGCCAAGAAGAGUUGAGUUUAGCAGACAGGUGGACGUCUGGUCAUGUGUCAUUUGAGUCAGACCUUAAAGGUCACCUCCCUAUGGAAACACACAUGCACAGACACACUUUAUUCACAUGCAGAUUAAAUACAAAAUCUGUGACAAUCUUUGUGGCAUUGUUAUGGUCAUUACAUUGCCUACAGCUUCCAAUUGCAUUAAUAAUAGGUAAAUAAUAUGUAUUGUAGACAAUACAAAUAUAAAUACAAAUACACAAUGUUUGCUUAUACAAAUUAAAGUACUAAUCUAAUCGAAUGCUUGUCACAGAUGCUGCAACAGAUGUUGUACGACUGUCAAAGUUUCGGGUAUUAUCUGUGCACAAAAUAUGCUAAGAACUGCUUGUUUCAUUUGAAAUGCAAACUGUUUUCAGACAGAAAUAUGGGUAACUUAAACCUGCAGGUCAUUCAAAAUAGUGAAAGCAAUUGUUUUCCUAAUGGAUUUGAUUAAACUUACCAUCUGGGUUUUACAAUGAUCCAUCCCUGCAAGCAUACAAUGAGAAUUUGCUGUCAAAACUAAUAUCACCUAAAAAGCAAUAACAAGCAAUAAGAAAAAUCAUGCUUUUAAUUUAUACUGUACAUGUCAGCACAGUUGUAAAUGUGAAAAAACUUUAUAUGAUAUGUGAGUGAGUUGUAUGUUUGUAUAUGGAAGAGUGUGUGUUUUUGGUUACAGUAGUUUUUGGUUUUGAGUUUGUUUUUUGUGCUGCCUUGCUUUCUGAGGCUCAACGUUUGAUUGGUCUUCAGGUUGCCUGUCAUUUUUUUAUUGUUAUUGGUGCUGGUUUGACAUCUGCAGUAUUUAACUCCAUGACGAAAGCUAUGCAGCCAUUCUGGGAAUGAGAAAUGAAUGAAAAGUCUCCUACCGGAUUAUCAGAAAUUAAAGGGAUAUACGUGUGAAAUGAGCUAACGUAUGGCUGUAAAUAUAUGAGCAAAAAUCAAAACAGCCUUGUGAAUAAUGUUUUAGCAUGGAGAAAAAUGUUAAAGUUAUGUAUUUUUCUAAAAAAAUAAAAAUAAAUAAGAAGCACAAAAAGUGAUUCAUUAAAUAUUUAUACUGGAAAAACAGCCUCAUUCGAGUGAUUUCAUUCAUGACUAAGAGAUCUUGUAAACUUUCGACAUAGAUUUGUUUGCAUUUUCAUGUUAUGUCUGCAGUGGAUGUUAAAUAUUCAGACGGACGGGAAACAUGCAAAUAAAAAGAUUUAAGUAGCCAGGGAGGGGAGGGAAGCAGAGACCUGAUACAGAAAGGCCAGGCCGGGUGCUGGAAAAUCAGCGGUGAUCGUUUGCACAUGCCUGGUGGUCUGGAGCUUGUUAGCAAGCUGCUCUUGUCUCAGACUCUAAAUUCAAAUAAACAGGAGGGCGAUUUCUGGAGGCCCUGCUGUCUCCUGUUAGGGGGGUCCAGAAGGAGGCAGAGAAACAGACAGAGAAAUUCUCUCUGAUUUGUAAAUGACUGUUACAGAUGGCACUGAUGUGUGAUUCUCAAACGCAACGCUACAGGAUUUAAAAAAAUUAGCAUUUCCUGAAAAUGUACUUUCUUU